GGCGAAGUCUCUUCCCACUCGAUCCUAUUGAAAGCUUACGCACCACCACAAGAAACAAAUACUUCUCCAUCAAAUCUUAACUAUGAGGAUACUAUUUCUGGAUAUUAGGUGAUGAGGUUUUUCUAAUGUCUUAUCCUCUUUCAGAUAUUAGGCUAUGAGGAUUUUCUAAUGCAUAGUUAGUCAAAUUUUUUCGGCAUUCAAGUUUACUUGAAAGUGGGUUGAUACUGAGUGAAGAAUGGGAUUAACAGCUGCACCUUGGAAAUUGGGUCUGAAGAUGUUAUUUCUUCCAAACCUCAUUUCUCCCUCAAGCAUCACUCAGGUACACAAGGCUAUGAUGUGUUUUUAGUGAUUAAGGUUGCGAUCUGUUUUUAGUGAUGUAAGAGUUAUAAUUAAGAGACUAAUGUCUAUUACAAUAGCAUACAUGAAUAUAGUAAUUUGAGUGGGAUGGUUGUGAUUAACAUGAUCUAAGAGGGUGGUGUGUGUGUGGGGGGGGGGUUAAAAUUUAGGUUCCUCAAAGUGAAUGAAUUGAUAUGAAGGGGUAAUUGAUGAAUUGCCACAAAUUCUUCCAAGUGUUUUAUUUGUUUCCAAUUGAAACCCAUUGCACUUUCUUUUGUUAGAUUAUUGGACUUAUACUACAUGUAAUAUUCACAAUAUAUUAUUUAUCGGGUUUAAUUGUAUGUUAUAUGCUAUCUUAUAUUUAGGCCCAAAAUUAGUGGUCCUAUGGAUAUUAAUUUAAGUGGGCUAAUAAGUUAUCUAAUAAGGUAUAUGGCCCAAAUGUGUAGAGACCCAUGGGCUUGACCUAAUCAAUGAUGGGCUGAUUAGGGUUAAGCACUCUCUAUAAAUAAGGGGUUAUGGUCCCUAGUUGUACACGUCAUUCCGUCUUUCUGCAUCCCAUCGCUAGAGAGAUAAUUCCCGAGGGCGUGUAUCAGCUAGAAGACGCAAACCCUAGCCUCCGUCUCCCGGAUCUCCAAAGGUGAUCUCCCGUGGAGUCAGGUACGCUUCCGCUCAGUUAAUUCUCUAGAUAAUUUCAAUAUGAAGAUUAAAGUAUUUAUGGAUUUAUUCCAACAAUUGGUAUCAGAACCUCCUUCAUAUUGAAUUAUUUGGAGUAUUCAUAGUUUUGUUUCAAUCUUAAACGAUUGAAUUUUUUUGGGAUUUCUUUUGUCAUAUGAUCUGCCGAUUAAAUGGAAUAAGGGUAAAGCGAUUUUGCGUUUAUGCAAUUCGUUCCUGAUGUUAAAUUGGCAGAUAGUGACUAAAUUGAAAUCGGAUGUUUCGACGAUCUCAAUCGUAACUUAUAUGGAUUCUUGAAUAAAUAGAAAUCGGUAGAUACUGAAUUGAAGUUUUGAGAUGGUAUUCUGACAUAUAGUAUGCCAACUGAUCUGCCCAUUGAUAUUGCUAUAUAGAAUCCAUUCUGACUUUCGGAUUUUACAUUUUUGUAUGUAUUCCUUUUGUGAGUCAGAAUCAUUUAAGUGGCAAUUGCAUAAAUUUUGGAUUUGUGUGUUUAUUUUUUUGGAUGAAGUCUGGCAAUUUGGUUUAAUUUGCUCAUGCGAUCAAGUGGAAUAAAAUUUCUCGUUUCACUUCUCUGUCGAUCGAUCAAUUACAGUUCAAGUGCCAUAAGUAUAAUUAUUUUUUUGUUUUAAUAGGCACCAUCCAAUAAAUUUUAAUGGAUUGAAUUUAACAUUCAAUUUAAUUUGGUGGAUUCAUAAGUCUGGUCGAGAUUUUGUAUUGAGAUUCCCUUACAGACUUAUUUUUGUUUUGAUUUGAGAAUCAGUCUAAAUUUAAUUUGUAAAAAGGAUGAUUCCAGCGGAUUAAUUUAUUUUACUUUAUUUUGAAUCAUUCGUAUUUUUGGGAAAUUUUUAAGAUAUUGGAGAUUCUCUUGUAUUUGAUAAUAAUAAGUGUAUCACUUUAGAUCUUGAUUUGUUUCCAAUUUUUGGCUGAUUCGAUUUUGGAAAUUUCUAUGGUUUUGGUAAUUAAAUAUUUAUAUGUGAUUACGGGCAAUAUCAGUUCUAUUAGAAUUGCAUAUUUGGAAAUAGAUUACUUUUGUUGGUGAUCAUGAUUUACGGCUUGAAAAAUAUGUAUUGUGUGUUAUGGGAUGUAUAAACCCUAUUUUGCAAUCGCAAAUCGAUUGGGUACGAGUUUUACAAAUUAUCGUUAUACAUAACACAUUUGCAUGUGAUUCAAAAAAAAAAAAUCAGCCGAAUUUUAUUUUCGGAUUUUUCAAAUUAAUAUUAGCAUGUCUGAUAUUUGAGUUAGUUAAUUGAUACAACAUGCUGCCAAAGUAGCCUCUCUUGUUGAAAUUAAUUAACUCAUAUAUUAAGAUGAUUGUGUAUUUUCUUAUUUCAUGCGGAUAAUAAUCGGCCCAAAGGAAGGUUAUUAUUUGGCCGAAAUUUAAGUACAUUUGUGAUAAUAAAAUUUGUGAUGAUUAUGAAGUUUUUCGUGUGAAUAUUAAGUCGGUCCAAAGAAAGGCUUUGUAUUUGACAUGAUUUUAUUAUCAAAAUUUUAUUAUUACACCAAGAGUACCACUUGCAAGUCUAAUUUAUGUCCAAAGACAAGAUUAGAUGUUGCGCUAGGUAUCUUGUGAUGGGGAUUGCUAAUAUUUAAAUUUAAAAUUAAUUAUAAAAUUAAUUUCAAUUCCUAGAGCAUAUCAUUUAUAUUAUUUUUGUUCUCUUUCAGUCAUCAAUUCUGCUGCUACAAUAUCUGCUAAUAUUAAUAGCAUCCCAGUGCUUAACGGCACGAAUUUUAAGGAAUGGAAAGAGAAUGUUAUGAUCGUUCUCGGUUGCAUGGAUCUAGACCUUGCACUUCGGACUGAGAAACCCGCCGCUCUUAAGGACACAUCUACCCUCGAUGAAAAGAGGGAGAUGGAGAGGUGGGAACGCUCAAAUCGCAUGAGUCUAAUGAUCAUGAAACGUGCAAUUCCAGAAUCAUUCAGGGGCACAAUGUCUGAUGAGGCUGAUGCCAAAUCGUUCCUUGCCGAACUUGAAAAGCGUUUUGCUAAAAACGAAAAGGCGGAAACUAGUACUCUUUUGAGCACUCUUGUUUCCAUGAAGUACAAGGGCAAAGGGAACAUAAGGGAGUACAUUUUGGAAAUGUCUCACAUUGCUUCAAAACUAAGUGCACUAAAGCUUAUUUUACCUGAGGAAUUGCUUGUGUAUUUAGUUUUGAUCUCUCUUCCUUCUCAAUUUAAUCAAUUUAAAGUCAGUUACAACUGCAUUAAGGAGAAAUGGUCUCUCAAUGAGCUCAUUUCUCAUUGUGUUCAAGAGGAAGAGAGAAUAAAGCAAGAUAAGACAGAAAGUGCUCAUUUGGCAUCUACCUCUAAGGGCAGCAAUAAAAGGAAAAUUAAGGAAGCUGCAAAUUCGGGGCCUCCCAGGAAGCAUCACAAGGAAACUAAGGAAGAAACUAAGGAAUCUGGAUGCUUCUUUUGCAAAGGGACUAAUCACAAGAAAAAGAACUGCACUAAGUACCAUGUUUGGCGUGCGAAAAAGGGGUUGCCUGAGCUGCCGAAAACCAAUUGAUGGUGAAAGAUACAUCUAUGUCGGUGAUGGCAAGCGGGUUGAAGUUGAGGCUAUCGGUGUUUUUAGAUUAUUAUUAAAGACUGGUUUUUAUUUGGAUUUGAAAGAGACAUUUGUUGUGCCGUCAUUUAGGCGGAAUUUAAUUU